AUGACAUCGGAGGCUGUCCCUGGAGUCAAUGAGCGCCUUUCCGCCAUCAUCCCCGCGCUGGGUAUUGACAUGGAGCUGGCAGAAACGCUCCGCUCGAGGGCCCAGGUCGUUUCUGGAGAAUCCGCACUGGACGUAAUCGACACGGCGGCCAGUGAUGUCGUACCGGCUGGACAAGACCUGGAUCCGCAGACCAGUUACUGGGACUCUUCUCGCCAAGGGCUUAUGAGCGGCGAAAGACUCCAUUUCGCCCUCAAGCAGCUCGAGUCGGCCUAUCUAGAGGAUCGAGGCUAUGACUACGAGAUCACAAAGCACAUAUCUCUUCGCCAGCUCAACUCGCUCGCCCUAGUCAGCCUUCGUGAAACCGGGUCUUACACCUUCACAAUUCCGGAGGCCGUCUUUAACCUUGACUUCCCGGGCCACUAUCUCCGCCGUAUCAAGAGCAUCUCCCUCAGCGUUCCUUGCGUAGUAGGACCCUAUACCUCAGUUAGCACGACACUCCGCUUAGAGAGCAACAAGUACCGCAUCGACCCGGCCGUGAGGUCCAGCUAUGCUGAAGACCUCAAUUCUGAGGAUAAUCGCUUCUCAACCACGCGGGUACCGCUCCCAGCCAUCGCCACGUCAUCCGGGACCGAUGAUUCCGGCAUGUUCGAGAACCUCGAGCUCUCGUCUGCUGUGCCUCAGUUCGACCAUCAGAGCAUCUCUGACGUGGUACUGCACAUGCGAUGCACCACCAUAGACGGCGGUGGCGCUCUGAAGGGCGCAGCCAAGUUAGCCAUUAAAGCUGCGCUGGACACUGAGGAAAAGUGUGCCCUGAUUGAUCUUCGGAACGAGAUGGCAAACUCGUGGGCUUCCCUAUCAGCGGCAGGCGAGAACAGCGAUCGAGUUAUCACUAUGCCCCGAAUGGAAACCCGAGUGCCAUUUUACAUGAGACAGAAGAGACUCAUCGCUACAGGCAUCACUAUCCUUAGCGACGUAGAGCUCCCAAGUGGCACUCUAUCCGGGGAUCCGACGAAAAAGAUCGAGCCAAAAUCAGAUACCCGCCAGAAAGAUGUCGAAUUGGUCUCUGGUAGUGGCCCGAUCACGGGUGUAACGACACUCAAUGGGUCCACUACUGACGGGCUACUAGUAGACGGCGCUUGGAAGCUGAAGUUUCCGAAAGGGAAGCCAAUAGUGGCCAAAAGAGCAUGGAUGCUGAUUACAAUGAAGUCAGCGGCAUAA